AUGGCACCAUUCGGCACGAUCUACUCCUACUCGCCUAGCCCCCGGGUCAUGAAGGCCCAGGCGGCGGCCAACCUCAAUGGCCUGGAUAUCUCCGUCCCAGAGUUCGCAAUGGGCAAGACCAACCGCACCGACGACUUUCUCGCCAAGUUCCCCUUCGGCAAAGUCCCGACCUUCGAAGGCGCUGACGGCACGAACCUAUUCGAGUCGGACGCCAUGGCGGAGUUUAUCGCCCUGAGCGGCCCGGCAGCGGGCCAGCUGAUGGGCAACACACCCGCCGAGAAGGCCACGAUCCGACAGUGGAUCUGCUUUGCGCAGGGCGAGGUGCUGGACGUGGUGACGCAGCUGGCGCUGUGGCGGAUCAAGCUGAAGCCCUACGACGAAGCUACCGAGACCAAUGCCCUGCAGCGCAUUGAGCGCUCGCUUGCCUUCCUGGAGACCCACCUCAAGGGCCGGACGUGGUUGGCCGGUGAGGGUAAGAUUAGCAUGGCCGAUAUCACGGUCGCUUCUUCGCUGGUCUGGGGCUUCUCUUUGGCCAUCGAUGCCGAGAUGCGCGCCAAGUGCCCGCUUGUCGUGGCAUGGUAUGAGCGUGUCCUUGCCGCUGAUGGCGUCAAGGAGGCCUUUGGCGAGAAGAACUUCAUUGAGAAGCGUCAGCCUUACGAGGGUUAG